CUCGAUCAGAAGUGUCAAACGCCUCUGAUGAUAGCCACCUUCUAUCUCACGUCAGAAUCUCUCUCUCUCUCUCUCUCUCUCUCUCUGUGUAUAUAUAUAUAUAUACAUACACAUAUAUAAGCAAUAUCAUCCAUAGCCAAAACCAACCAUCCCAUUCUAUCAUUACUAAAACUACUUUUUCUUCCAUUUCUUGUAUUAAUGGGAGAUAACAAUGUUAACCUGCCCCCCGGUUUCCGAUUUUACCCAACAGAUGAAGAGCUUGUAGUUCAUUUCCUUCAUCGCAGGGCAACUCUCUUACCCUGCCACCCAGAUGUCAUUCCCGAUCUUGGUCUUUAUCCAUAUGAUCCAUGGCAACUUGAUGGGAAAGCUUUGGCGGAGGGUAACAAGUGGUACUUCUAUAGCCGGACGACGCAAAAUAGAAUGACAAGUAAUGGUUAUUGGAAGCCAAUGGGCAUUGAGGAACCGGUCGUCAAUACCUCUGGCAACAAGGUUGGAGUGAAGAAAUAUUUUGUGUUUUUCGUCGGGGAAGCUCCAUCCGGCAUCAAAACCAAUUGGACAAUGCAAGAAUAUGGUCUCUCAGAUUCCCCUGCUUCUACCAGUACUACCAGAUCAUCCAAAAGAAGAGGGCAUUCAAAAAUAGAUUACAGUAACUGGGUAGUAUGCCAAGUGUAUGAGCGUGACGAAGACGACGACGGAACAGAGCUCUCAUGCUUGGACGAAGUUUUCUUAUCAUUGGAUGAUCUUGAUGAGAUUAGUUUGCCAACUUAAAAAGUUCCAAUAACUCCAUGUGAUCCAAGUGGUCCGUUAUCCAAAUGUACAUCUUCAUUAAUUAUUGCAAAUUAGUUAAAUGAGAUGUCUAAAUUAAUACCA